AGAGGUAGACAGAGAUGCAGAAAUACAGUCACUCUGCCUGUGCCGGUGAGGUUGUGUGUGGCAGUGCUGCUGUAGAGUGUGGUCCGUUAGGACCAGGACUAGCCCAUCAGGGACUACAGCACAACCCAGUCUGGAUCCACAACCAGACACCAUGUCAGGCUCCACUCCCGAGCCUGCUCCUCCGAGGGUCCACUCUAAAAAGGCUGGGAUCCGGGCUGCGGUGAUUCUAAUCGGACUCCUGCAAAAGUCGCGACGAGCGAAGGAGAGAGAGAGGGAGAAGGAGAGAGAGAGAGAGCGGAAGCAGGAACUGCUGACCAUCUCCAAUGUGCCCUUGGGAGAUUGCCCCCCCUCGCCCCCCCGCACCGCCCCGCCCACCAUGAAGUCUGCCGAGUUCUUUGACAUGCUGGGAAGGAUGCAGGUCCCUAAAUCUGAGGCGACGAAGCCCCACUCGCAGAGAAGCAAGCAGGAUGACUACAUUCCAUACCCGCGGAUAGAGGAUAUUCUGGAGAAGGGUAGCCCAUACCCGCAGGUGAUCCUGCCCCAGUUUGGGGGUUACUGGAUUGAGGAUGCCGAGGCGCCUGCAGGCACCCCCACCUCCUCGGAGAGCAGCUUCUGUGAGGAGGAUGACGGAGGGGACAUAAGCCCUGGGGGAGGCUUCGGCUUCCGGCUGGAGUGUAACAGCACGGCCAGGGCCUACCGCAAACACUUCCUGAGCAGGGAGCAUAUGAACUACUACUGCACAGGCAGCAGUCUGGGGAACCUCAUUAUGUCACUGAAGCACGAGGAGGCAGAGGGCCAGGAGUUCCUCCGCAUCAUGCUCAGGUCGAGGACAAAGACACACCAUGACAGGAUCUCUCUGGCAGGCCUCAACCAGCUUCCCAGUGUACCCCAGAUAGCCAAGCUUCUCUGCGACGACGUGACUGGCCUGAAGUUCAACCCGGUCCUGUACCCCAGAGGCUCUCAGCUGAUAAUAGGUUAUGACGAACAUGAAGUGAACAACACCUUUAAGUUUGGUGUCAUCUACCAGAAGUUUGGUCAGACGACAGAGGAGGAGUUGUUUGGGAACAACGAGGAGACGCCAGCCUUCCGAGAGUUCCUCAGUGUUCUGGGAGACAACAUAAAUCUGAAUGACUUUAAGGGGUUCCGUGGUGGUCUGGAUGUAUCUCAUGGUCAGACAGGCUCUGAGUCCAUCUACACCGUCUUCAGACAGAGAGAGAUGAUGUUCCACGUCUCCACUAAACUACCCUUCACUGAGGGAGAUGUACAACAGCUCCAGAGGAAGAGGCACAUAGGAAAUGACAUCGUGGCGGCGGUCUUCCAAGAAGACGCCACGCCCUUUGUGCCUGACAUGAUCGCUUCCAACUUCCUCCAUGCGUAUGUGCUGGUGCAGGUGGAGAGCCCUGGUACUGAACACACUACAUACAAGGUGUCUGUUACAGCAAGGGAGGAUGUACCUCCGUUUGGUCCACCUCUCCCCAAUCCAGCGGUCUUCAAGAAGGGUCCUGAGUUUCGCGACUUCCUGCUGACAAAGCUGAUCAAUGCGGAGAAUGCCUGCUACAAGUCUGACAAGUUUGCCAAGCUAGAGGGGCGGACGCGAGCUGCGCUGCUGGAUAACCUUCACGAUGAGCUCCACAGACAGACCCAGGUUACUCUGGGGCUAAGCCAGGCUGGGGAGGAGGACAAGCUGGAGAAUGAGGGCCAUGGGGGACUGCUGGAGUCCUUCAAGCGUGCGAUGCGCGUCCGGAGUCACUCCAUGGAGACCAUGGUGGGGUCACACCGUCACCGGAGUCCAGGGGUGGGAGGGGGGUUCCCGGCCAGCUUGAGUGGAGGGGGGAUGCCACAGAGCACCGAGUGCACAAAGAGUACCUUCACGCCACCAGUGCUGUCAGCCAAGUCUCCCCUAAAGAGUCCAGUGAAGCGUCGAUCAGGCCUCUUCCCUCGCCUCCACUCCAGCACAGAGAGCCCCUCGGACAGACACACACGCAGUGACCAAAAGACCCCAGACAUCUGCCCGCUCGGCCAGGAAGGGAGAUCAGAGACGUCGUCCAACCCCAGCUCGCCAGAGAUCUGCCCCAACAAGGAGAGGCCGUUCCUCAAGCUGAAGGACUGCAGCAGCAGACCCAACAUCUCCCGCUCAUCCUCCAGUACCAGCAGCUUCAGCAGCACCACCGGGGAGGGAGAGGCCCUGGAAGAGCUUGACACUGGAAUCCACCCGUCCAUAGCCUCCUCGUCCGUGUUCAGCCCCUACCCUUCCCUCAGCGUGGAGAGCCAAGGCUCGGCCACCCCCCUCAUCAUGUGUCGCAGUCCCACAGAUGUAAAGAGUAAGAUGUCUCCCAGGUCAAACUUGAAGUUCCGCUUUGACAAGAUGAGCCACUCCACAACUUCCGAGUAGAAAUCUGGAUUUUCCAAAAAAGGGACAACACUGGCUGUUGGAGCAAAAAACAUCCACAACAUCAACAGCGCAUCACAAUGGAAUCACAAAAUGUACUUAACUUCAUGACUAAAGGGAAUUAAGUGGACUGCAAUAAAGGGUGCACAGGUAGACAGAUACUGAGCUGGAAAGGAGGGAGAAUCCUGUGAGUCUGAACUAAGAAGUGUUGAAAAAAAGGUUCCUCUCUCUCACUCUCUCUCUCUCUCUCUCUCUCUCUCUCUCUCUCUCUCUCUCUCUCGAUGUGUCUGGUACAGAAAUAACUCACAGUGAGAGGCUAGGUGCCAUGUGUUACUGACAUCACAUUUUUAUUGGCCGCUGGUCUGAUUAAAAUACUCAUCUGUAACAUUAACCCAACAACUAGACAAGGCAAGUUUUAAAGGUCCAAUGCAGGCAUUUUUAUCUCAAUAUCAUACGAUUUCUGAGUAACAAUUAAGUACCUUACUG